UUUGAAGCUAUUCAUUUCUCGUGGUACAACCGCCACGCCACAAAGGGCCACGAUGCGCCCUCGGACGUACCGCCACAAAUGAUGAGAAAGUCGGGACGCUCUAGGACCAACUACCGUCAAAUGAUACCGUAUCCGUCCAAAGAUAUGGUGGUCCAUGAGCCCAUCUAUCAGGCAAUGGAGCGCAUUCUGGGCGAUGUGUUCAGCUGGAUAGAUACUAAGGUGCAGAUGAUCCUUCCAGGCGUAUACCGUCAUCUCGAGGCAACGUCCAGCAUCCUCCCUAACCACCAGCAGUCGCUGGUCAACCCGUUCGUGGGUUUGGUCAUCAACGUCAACGUCGCAACCUACGCCCACAGAGACAGCAAGGACGACACUGUCUGUGUCGUCCUUGCUGUUGGCAAUUUCGAGGGCGGCGAGUUGUACCUG